GUCAAGUGUAGCUCAGCUGCGUGUGAGGCGUCGCUCCAAGUGCCGGCACGCAGCUCUACUACCUUCUCGGCUUGAUGCUCUGGACCCAUAUCUACUACUGGUCUUCGGUGAAUUGACGACGUACUUGUAUCUGGUAUUGCCCGGGGUACAUGUCCGAAAUCCCUCUGCAUACCUUCGGACGAACCAGAAAGUCUAGGGCAGGCUAUACUCCCCUCCAUAACGGCGAACCCGGCGACGAGGUUCACGGCAACGGUACCAACGGUCUCGAACCCGACAAUAGCAGCGGACGCACCAUGCACGGGGUUGUGCGCGCGGCAGUCGCUUCCUCUGGAUCUGUGAGCAGGAAGGGCCAGCGGCGCGAGAGGUAUGCGGACGACCCGGAGGAAGAGGAGACUCUCCUUGGAGACGCGUCGCACGAGGAUGGCGGGUUUCGAAAUGAUGAGCCUGAGGAGCAGAUACGGGAGACCUCACAGCGGUCGACAUCAUCGCGGAGAGGCAAGUCCAGCGACAAGUCAAGAAUAAUACCGUUCAGACCUCCAGAGAAGCUGCAGGGCAAAUACCCGCCAAAUGUGGUCCGCAAUCAGAAGUUCAACGUCUUCACAUUCCUCCCGCUCGUCUUCUAUGAACAGUUCAAGUUCUUCUUCAACCUCUACUUCCUUCUGGUUGCAUUAUCGCAGUUCAUCCCAGCUCUCAAGAUUGGUUUCAUUGUCACCUACAUAGCUCCUCUCGCAUUCGUGCUCACCGUGACCAUGGGAAAGGAGGCGUAUGAUGACUACAAGCGUAAUCAGCGCGACCGGGAAGCGAACUCGCAGAAGUACCUUGUGCUUGAUCCCUCGGAAUAUUCUGAGUCGUCUCCGGAGGGUAUUCCCUAUACCCGUUCGGUGCCGUCCUCUAGCCUGCGCGUCGGAGACCUUGUCGUGCUAGAGAAGAACCAACGGGUACCUGCUGAUCUUGUGCUCUUGCGGACCUCGGACAGCUCUGGUACUUGUUUCAUCCGUACAGACCAGCUGGAUGGUGAGACGGACUGGAAGCUGCGUGUGGCGGUACCUGCAUGUCAGAAGCUCAGCAGCGACAGGGAACUGCUGACGGUGGACGCAGAGAUAUACGCGGACGCGCCGAUCAAGGAUAUUCAUACGUUCAUCGGGACGUUUACGAUCAAUUCCCCUCCAUCUUUGCUCGAGGACGAUGUCCCCAUGGUUCAGGUCCCGACUGUGGAGCCCUUGACUGCGGAGAACAUGCUUUGGUCUAACACUGUGCUUGCUGCCGGGUCUGCUGUCGGCUUCGUCAUCUAUACUGGCUCCGAGACUCGUGCUGUUAUGAACACGAGCCAUCCAGAGACGAAGGUUGGUCUCCUUGACGUCGAGAUCAACAGACUUGCCAAGAUCCUUUGUGCCGUGACCUUCGCACUCUCUCUCGUCCUCGUUGCACUCAAUGGCUUCAGAGGCCCAUGGUACAUCUAUGUUUUCCGCUUUCUCAUUCUUUUCUCUUCCAUCAUACCCAUCAGUCUGCGCGUCAACUUGGAUAUGGGCAAGACGGUAUAUGCGCAACAGAUCAUGACUGACAACGAGAUACCCAACACUAUCGUGCGAACGAGCACGCUUCCAGAGGAACUGGGAAGGAUAGAGUAUCUACUUAGCGAUAAAACUGGCACGCUGACGCAAAACGAGAUGGAGAUGAAGAAGUUGCAUAUGGGCACUGUGUCCUAUGGAUACGACUCCAUGGACGAAAUUGCUCACCAGCUGGCAGUGGCUUUCGGUUCAGCUGAUGAACAUGGCCAUGGCCGACACCCUUCCUUGCAGACCGGCGUCCAAUUAGCCACUAGGGGUCGUCGAGACAUGUCCUCACGUGUGCAUGACGUGGUCCUGAGUUUGGCGCUCUGCCACAACGUUACUCCGGUGUACAAUGACGACGGCACCGUCACCUACCAGGCGUCUUCUCCUGAUGAGGUUGCCAUUGUCAAAUGGACGGAAUCUGUCGGCCUCCGCCUGACCUUCCGAGACCGCACCCGCAUCGAGCUCCAGACGCCGACCGGCGCGCGCAUCUCCUUCGACGUGCUCGACAUCUUCCCGUUCACAUCCGAGUCGAAGCGCAUGGGCAUCAUCGUCCGCGACGCGCAGACAGGGGACAUCACGUUCCUUCAAAAGGGCGCCGACGUCGUCAUGACUAAGAUCGUGCAGCGCAACGACUGGCUCGAGGAGGAGUGUGCGAACAUGGCGCGGGAAGGCCUGCGGACACUCGUCAUGGCCCGCCGGAGGCUGAGUGACCAGUCAUACAACCAUUUCAAGGAGCAGCACCAUUUGGCGAGCAUCAAGCUCGAGGGCCGGAACGAGGCUAUGGCUGCCAUUGUUGCGGAGCUGCUUGAGCACGAUCUUGAGCUGCUGGGCUUGACAGGUGUCGAGGACAAAUUGCAAGACGAGGUUAAGUCGACGCUGGAGCUGCUGAGGAACGCCGGGAUCAAGAUCUGGAUGUUGACUGGUGACAAAAUCGAGACCGCGACCUGCAUUGCGAUCUCGACAAAGCUUGUGGCGCGUAACCAGUACAUUCACCAGGUGGCGAAGCUCAAGACAUCCGACCAAGUGCGCGACCAACUUGAGUUCCUCCAACAAAAGCUCGAUUGCUGUCUCGUCAUCGACGGCGAGUCGCUUCAACUGUGCCUCAACAUGUUCAAGAAUGAAUUCGUCGAGAUCGCGACCAAGCUUUCCGCAGUCGUCGCCUGCCGAUGCUCUCCAACGCAGAAGGCGGACGUGGCCCGGCUCAUCCGGAAACAUACCAAGAAGCGUGUCUGCUGUAUUGGCGAUGGUGGUAACGACGUCAGCAUGAUCCAGGCGGCCGAUGUUGGUGUCGGUAUCGUGGGGAAGGAAGGGAAGCAAGCCUCGCUCGCUGCCGACUUUUCGGUCACGCAGUUCAGUUAUCUCACCAAGCUUCUGCUCUGGCAUGGCCGCAAUUCCUACCGUCGCUCGGCGAAGCUCGCGCAAUUCGUCAUCCACCGUGGUCUCAUCAUCUCGGUCAUGCAAGCCGUCUUCUCUUCCAUCUUCUACUUCGCUCCGAUCGCGUUGUACCAAGGCUGGCUCAUGGUCGGAUACGCGACUGCGUACACGAUGGCGCCUGUAUUCUCGCUUGUGCUCGAUCGAGACGUCAACGAAGAUCUCGCGCUACUGUACCCUGAGUUGUACAAGGAGCUUACUAAGGGCCGCGUCUUGUCGUACAAAACGUUCUUCAUCUGGCUCAUGAUCAGUGUCUAUCAAGGUGCUGCGAUCAUGAUCAUGUCCCUCGUCCUCUUCGAGAACGAAUUCCUCAACAUUGUUUCCAUCUCAUUCACUGCUCUGAUUCUCAACGAGCUCAUAAUGGUCGCACUAGAAAUCACGACAUGGCAUAUCUAUAUGGUGGUCUCAGAGAUCGUAACACUCUUCAUAUACGCUAUUAGCAUGACAUUCCUACCUGAAUAUUUCGAUCUAACCUUCGUCUUGUCGUCCCGGUUUGCUUGGAAGGUGGCGGUUAUUGUGGCUAUCAGUGCAUUCCCACUGUACAUUAUCAAAUUCAUUCGUAGUAGAGUCGCGCCCGCCGCGUCGAGUAAGCUGUUGUAAC